AUGGGGGUACAUCAUAGGUUCUCAACAUCCUAUCAUCCACAAACAAGUGGACAAACUGAAGUGACAAAUUGGGCAUUAAAAAGGAUUUUGGAGAGAUCGGUUGGAGGAAAUCAAAAGGAAUGGUCAGAUAAACUCGAUGAUGCACUUUGGGCCUUUCAAACAGCUUUCAAAGCACCUAUCGGUACUACACCAUAUAGGCUAGUUUAUGGAAAGAAUUGUCAUUUGCCGGUUGAAAUAGAGCAUAAAGCUUAUUGGGCUUUAAAGAUGUGUAAUUUUGAGUUGGCUGAACUUCGUACCAACCAGUUGAUGCAAAUGAAUGCCCUUGAAGAGCUUAGAAAUGAGGCUUACACUAAUUCCUUGAUAUAUAAAGAGAAGACCAAGAAUUGGCAUGACAAAAGACUAAAGGGUAAUAAGGACCUUUAUGAAGGACAAAAGGUGUUACUUUUCAAUUCGAGGUUAAAGCUUUUACUGAGCAAGUUGAAGACACGGUGGGAUUGUCCUUUUGUGGUGAAACAAGUUUUUCCACAUGGAGCUAUUGAGCUUAUAUCAAAAGACAGAACCCCUUUCAAAGUUAAUGGUCAUAGAGUAAAGAUAUAUGAAGAAGGAAUCCCUAAAGAUGAAGAACUUGAAGAAGGGCUGCAUUUGGGAGAAACUACAGAAACUUAA